CCUUAUUCAUUGAAUUUCCAUUAUUUGACUGUUUCCAUUGUCGCUCCAUCAAGCCAUCAAACACACCAUGAUGGAUGCCGCCAAUCCAGCCCAGAGCGGUAGUGAUAUUAUUCUGUUGCGCCUGAAGGUGGGCGAGCAGGACCGGAGUGCGCUGGCGACGCGGGACAUGACGCUGGCCGAGCUGUGCGCGACCCACUUCCGCGACGCGCUCGCCCAGGGCAACGGGGUCAAGUUCAUCCACAGCGGGCGAUUAUUGCAGCCAGACACGGCCACGCUCGAAGCGCUCGGUCUUCAGCCAGGCGCAGUCAUACACUGCCAGGUCUAUCCAUUGCAGCCGGGACAACAAGCCAACAAUGCAUCGGAAAAUUCUCAACCACGAUCUGCUACUGGUCCGUCAGAAGCAGAAUGGCUGGCAUCAGCUGGACUCGGGCAGUCGAGGCAGUCUUCGUCGCCCGAGUUGGACCGAUUCCUAACGCCGCUUGUCUGGAUUAUUGUGGCCGCUCUUUGGGCCAUCUACUACGUGUAUGGCCGCUAUGCCUUUGACAAUGUUGGCUUUGCACUACUAGUGAUGAUUACCGGCGGAGCGCUCAUGGCGACAGUGUCUUGAGCUGUUGUUUUGCCGUGAGCGGAGCCCCCGGUUCCCCUUGUACAGGUUUUCUACCCCGACUUGCUCGGUUUGACUGAUCAACAAACUUCAAACAAUUCCAAACAUCUUUUUGCAGAGGGGGGUCCCAAAAACUGUUAUGAUCAGAGAUCGUUCCACGAAGAUGCGAGUAAUGGGUUGAUGAUGAGAGUAAUAAUCGGGAAACAAGAGACUUCACUGAUAACACACUCCAAAUACAGAUACACAUCAAUCA